UAACCAGUUAUGGAUCGAAGUGUCACGUUUUCAUCAUCUCUUGUAAGCGGAGACUAGGCUAAAGAACCUACGGGCCCCCAGCAAGACUACAAUUCCCAUCGAGCCCCGCGAGUAGAAAGCUCCUCAAGGUCAGUGACCUGAGGGACCAACCCAGGGCGGCCAAUCAACUUGGGACGGGGAACUCCCGGCCCUGGCCCACAUCUGCGCACUAGAGCCGUCCCUCUGCUCCUGGUGUUUGUUAUUGUUGUGUGGGUCAGAUCGCAUCUGCCCCGCCCCUGCCAACGCAACACCGGCCAAUCGGUGGGGAGAACAUUUUGAGGGACAAAUAGUCAGAGCCAAUCACUUCGUCGAAAACUCAGAGAAACAUGGGACUAGGCCCUGUCUCUAUCCGCCAUGUUAGAUUCACCCCGCAGGGAUAGCAGCCGAGCUGGCAGCGAACGGUCCCCUGCACCGGCCACUGGCAAGCGCCCUCCGGGGGCGGACAGCAGCCCCACAGCAUGGAACCACAGGUUACUCUAAAUGUAACUUUUAAAAAUGAAACUCAAAGCUUUCUGGUCUCUGAUCCAGAAAAUACAACUUGGGCUGAUGUUGAAGCUAUGGUAAAAGUUUCAUUUGAUCUGAACACUAUUCAAAUAAAAUACUUGGAUGAGGAAAAUGAAGAGGUAUCCAUCAAUAGUCAAGGAGAAUAUGAAGAAGCACUUAAGAUGGCCGUUAAACAGGGAAACCAACUACAGAUGCAAGUCUAUGAAGGGCGUUAUGUAGAUCAAGCGCCUCCUCUGGUUGUCGCAGAAAAGCGGGCAACUGCCAGGACAGGGAAGAAGCCACUUGCACAUUAUUCUUCAGUGGUGAGAGUCCUGGGAUCCGAUAUGAAGGCCCCAGACGAGCCUGCGACACAGUCAUGUCCACUUGCUCCUUGUGACACCGACCAGCCUCAAGAGAAGCCCCCAGACUGGUUCACAAACUACCUGGAGACAUUCAGAGAACAAGUGGUUAAAGAAACAGUUGAGAAGCUUGAACAGAAAUUACAUGAGAAGCUUGUCCUGCAGCAGCCACCCUUGGCUUCCUGUCCCUCCGAAGUCUCAAUGCCGGUUUCAGAGGAAACACUAUUUUUGCCAGAAAACCAUUUCAGCUGGCAUAUUGCUUGCAGCAACUGCCAAAAAAGGAUCAUGGGUGUGCGCUACCAGUGCAGCCUGUGCCCAUCCUACAACAUCUGUGAAGAUUGUGAAGCUGGACCAUAUGCCCAUGACACUAACCACGUCCUGCUGAAGUUACGGAGACCUAUUGCGAAUGCCUCAGAACCAUUUUCUCACUCAAAAUAUUCUACUCCUCGACUGCCUGCUGCUCUGGAACAAGUCAGGCUCCAGAAACAGGUUGAUAAGAACUUUCUGAAAGCAGAAAAGCAAAGGUUGCGUGCUGAGAAGAAACAGCGGAAAGCGGAAGUGAAGGAACUUAAAAAGCAGCUCAAGCUGCGCCGGAAGAUUCACCUAUGGAACUCCAUCCAUGGAUUCCAGAGCCCCAAGUCUCCUUUGGGUCGCCCUGAGAGCUUGCUGCAGUCUAACUCCCUGAUGCUUCCCUUGCAGCCCUGUGCACCCGUGAUGCCAACACUCAGUGCGGCGUUCGUAGAUGAGAACUUGCCUGACGGGACUCACCUCCAGCCAGGAACUAAGUUCAUCAAACACUGGAGGAUGAAAAAUACAGGAAACAUAAAGUGGAGUGCAGACACAAAGCUCAAGUUCAUGUGGGGAAACUUGACUUUGGCUUCUACAGAAAAGAAGGAUGUUUUGGUUCCCUGCUUGAAGGCCGGCCAUGUAGGGGUUGUGUCUGUGGAGUUCAUCGCCCCAGCCUUGGAGGGAACGUACACUUCACAUUGGCGUCUUUCUCACAAAGGCCAGCAGUUUGGGCCUCGGGUCUGGUGUAGUAUAAUAGUGGAUCCUUUUCCCUCCUCAGAGAGCCCUGACAACAUUGAAAGGGACAUGAUUAGCUCAAGCAAAGCUGAUGAUCUCGCUUGUGAGCAAGAGGAAGCUUUUCUUCUAGCUAAAGAGGAAAUGCAAUUUGGUGAAACGAGUAAGCAGACAGAGGGGACAGGAACCUGCACGCCACAGAAGACAAAGACUGUUGCCAGUGAGAGGGAACUCUACAUCCCAUCCAUGGACCUUCUGACUGCCCAGGAUCUGCUGUCCUUUGAGCUGCUGGAUAUAAACAUUGUCCAAGAAUUGGAGAGAGUGCCCCAUAACACCCCUGUGGAUAUGACUCCCUGCAUGUCUCCUCUGCCACAUGACAGUCCUUUAAUAGAGAAGCCAGGCUUGGGGCAGAUACAGGAAGAGAGUGAAGGGGCGGGAUUAAAAGCACUUCCUGAUACCACUGGAUUGGCAAAAAGGAGGGCUGAGCGCACUGCAUUAGUGGAAGAAGCAGAGGAAGACCUGAGCGGGACCCAGUUUGUGUGCGAGACCGUAAUCCGAUCCCUGACCUUGGACGCUGCUCCAGACCACAGCCCACCCUGCCGGCAGAAGUCCCCCCAGAUGAAAUUUGCCUUGUCUGGAGAUGGACCAUUUGAAGACAAGAAGGAAGAGAUCAUCCACGUUGCUGAGGAAGAAGUUGAGGAAGAAGAGGAACUCAAAGAUGAAGUUCAGAGUCAGUCCUCUGCUUCCUCAGAGGACUAUAUCAUCAUCUUGCCUGAGUGUUUUGAUACCAGCCGCCCACUGGGGGACUCUAUGUACAGCUCUGCACUCUCGCAGCCAGGACUGGAACGAGGGGCUGAAGGCGAGCCUGGGGUUGAGGCUGGGCAGGAACCAGCUGAGACUGAGGAGAGACUCCCUGGUGGGAAGAGCCCGCCAAAGGAGCAGAGCAUCAAUGAUAUCCUCAUGGCUUCACAGACGCUGGAGACAGUGCCCCUGGUCCCAGAGGUGGUGGAGCUUCCGCUGCCGUUGUCCAGGAGCCCUCCUUGUGUAAGUCACGGUUCCCCAGGAGUGGACUUACCGGUUACCACACCAGAAGUGUCUUCAGUCCCUGAUCAGAUCAGAGGAGCUCUUUUGCUUUUAGAGCCCAGAGGCUCACCAGGAGUUGUAAACAGCAGACAGAAGAGCUAUGAACACUCAAGGCACCACAGCGGGAGCAGCACUGCUGGAGGACUGGUGAAGGGGGCUUUGUCUGUUGCUGCCUCUGCAUACAAGGCCCUGUUUUCUGGGCCACCAGUCACUGCACAGCCAAUCAUUUCUGAAGACCAGACAGCGGCCCUGAUGGCCCAUCUCUAUGAAAUGGGAUUUUGUGACAGGCAGCUGAACCUAAGGCUGCUGAAGAAACACAAUUACAAUAUCCUGCAGGUGGUGACAGAACUCCUUCAAGUCAACAACAAUGACUGGUACAGCCACCGCUACUGAGGAGUGAUCCUGAAUUAAAUUAACUGCCUGCUGCUCAGAGAUGAUCUUCAUUCUGUCACUGAGGUGUAGGGUAGAAAUCCCCUCUUGGUUUUUAAUCUGCCGAGUCUAUAGAACAUCAUUGAAUGGUUAAAACAAUACCUGUUACAGUAUUUUUUGAAGCGAAUCAAAGAUAAGAACUUCAAUUUUCACUUUAAAAAUCAGAUAAGUAGUAAGAUGAGUUUUUCAACUGAUUUAGAUAAAACUCCUUUCUCCACCUUAGUGCAUUGAAGAGUAUAACCUCAACUUCCUGUAGAACCUUUUUUUUUUUUUCUCCUGCUUGUAUUGAAAUUGAGUAUUUUUCUUUGGCUCAUGUGAAUGUUUUUAAUGGGUUAUCUGUUAAAUGUCAGUUGUUGGGUUGUUGUUUUUUUUUAAUUAACCUUGGAAGUUAUUUUUAAGAAUUAUUCUCAGCUAGGUGUGGUGAUGCACACCUGAGGCCAGCCUGAGACUACAUAAUGAAUUCCAGGUCAACCUGAGCUAGAGCAAGACUCCACCUCAAGAAACCAAAACAAAGAAUUAUUCUCAUAAUUUCUGUAGCCAACCCAAGCCCUCAUACCCAUGUGACAGUGGAAGGACACCAGAACAUGAUUAAAAACAUUGCUGCCGGGCGUGGUGGCGCACGUCUUUAAUCCUAGCACUCGGGAGGCAGAGGUAGGAGGAUCACUGUGAGUUCGAGGCCACCCUGAGACUACAUAGUUAAUUGCAGGUCAGCCUGAGCUAGAGUGAGACCCUACCUUGAAGAAAAAAAAAAACAAAAAAAAAAAACAUUGCUACUCUUCCUUCCUCCAAGAGAAAGUCAUUUCCCUGUAAGACAUAGUAAGUAACAGCUAUCUGGAAACCCCAUUGGUACAUUUGCAUAUCCAUCUUGCAGGAAUUUCCAAUGAAAGGAAGGGUGUGCUAAUUAACUCACCAGCACCUGAGCAGUUUCUACUGUAAUUUUACAUGAACUUUUCUUUGAAGGAAAAAAAAUCCUAGAUAGGAAAUAUUUUGCUAAUCCUGCAGAGAAGGAAACAACCCUACCUAUGACAUAAAAGGAAAAGUAAAUCUAGCACUUUUUUCCUAAGUGUCACAGUAGGUCUUAUUUUACAAUAGAAUGGGGGGAAUAGGAAUGUGAAAGGCAGGCUCCUAUGUUGGUCUCCGGAUAAAGUGCAGGUAUGGGCAAGUGGGGCACAGAAAAUGCCGAGGACCUCUUGAAUGCUGGGAGUCCCCUGAGAGGUCUAGUCCUGGAGAGGCUAGAACAAGAAGCAAUGGCUACCGUUUUGCAAAAUUUGGAUGGAGUUGAAGCCACCGAUAAAUGUUUAGUUUGACCCUAGGAUAAGUAGGAUAAAGGCUUGCUUUCAAGGUCCCAGGUCUCAUUCUGUUUUUAGAAGGGGAGUCAUGGGUAUAAGUGCUGAAGAAAGGGCUAGCAAAAACUGCUAAAGAUUUUAUUCGUGACAUGAUUUCCAGAAAAGAAAGAAUCUGAACCCAAACCCAUGGGGAAAGAGUUAAAAUAGUAUUAUUUAACCUGGUUGGUUAUUUAUACUAAAUGGUGAUUUUAAUUAGUCAUAAUAUGUUUAUUUACAGUAUAACUCUUGAAUGCUUCUAAAUAAACCACAAUCCAAUUGCAACCCAA